GUCCAGAUCGAUGGGUACAAACAAAGGUACAACUAGUGUAGCAUUGUAGCAUCCGUUGAGAAGCGACGUCAGCUUGGCUAAGAGAUCAAACCUGCCUCCGAUUGGUCAAUGUUGCGCCACAACAUGUGGGGAUGUACUUUUUAGCUAAAAGUUUCAGCAUCGGAUUUUAUAAAGGUUCUUCAUAAGGCUGAAUUAGUGCGAAUAUCUAUAUUUUAGAUGACAUGAGCAUGUUAGUUUACAAAUAAUAGAUUAUAUACACAACUGACCUCGACGACACAAUAAUCAUACUACAGGAGCAAAUAACCUGAGUUCAGGAGGUUUACUAAAUACCGGAACCUCUUACCUAGUAGAGGUAAGAAGAGAAGCAAUGUAUCCUCUGAAUUGCGUAGACGGGUACAGGAUACCAGUUCGUGACGAAGUUUACGUUCUCGACAUCAUCCCCCUCACAGCAGGCCCGGCGACUAUCUCUUCAGAUCAGAAGCUAUCCCUAUUUAAUCCCACAGGUCUAAAAGCAGGGCCCCAGCUCAGUCUUCUCACGCGACACGGCAACAUCACCUGUGCCAAGGCAUACGAUGCAGGAAGCGCUAUAGUGUGUACAGCGGGCGAGGAUGGCAGCGUAUCGAUGUGGGAUCUAAGGCAGGAUGCACGACAGGCUGAGGUAGCAAGACUAGUAGAUAAUCGAGUCUCCGUAUUGUCUUUAGCAUGCUCGAGUGCUGGCUUCUCAGUUGCGGCCGGGACCGAACUGCAAGACCACCAAGCAUCCAUUUUAAUAUGGGACGUCCGCUCAACUCCCACCCCAAAGCUUCACUAUAAAGAAGUCCAUAGCGACGAUGUGACGGAGCUUAAUUUCCACCCUAACGACCACAACAUUCUUCUAUCAGGAUCGACUGAUGGUCUUGUAAAUAUCUGUGAUACAAGAAUCACUGAUGAGGACGAAGUCAUAAUCCAGACCUUUAAUCACGACGCCUCCAUCCACCAUGCGGGGUUCUUGAACGAUACUGAAGUAUACGCAUUGUCUCACGAUGAAAAACUGGCGCUUUAUGACGUUGCCGAAAACCACGAAAAUGGAGCAGCAACGGUUAAUUUUGGAGAUAUGCGAGAAGUCCUUGGUUGCCAGUAUAUCGCCAACGUCACUGCGAAAUCGAAUGGAGCUGGGGCCGUGGUUGGCGCCGGUGCGCACGACCAACAAGCAUUCCAGUUGAUCCACCUAACAAAAGGCCAAGGGUGGAAUCUAGAUCGACAUAACAGUGUCAGCUUACCCGGAGCCCAUUCUUCAGAGCUUGUCCGUAGUUUCUGCUUCUACGACGAGGCGCAGACGGUUUUUAGCGCGGGCGAAGAUGGAUUUAUCAAAGCAUGGAAGCCGAACGCAUAAUCCAAUAAUUUUGCCCAUCCCUUUCACGAAUAUUUGUCGUGCUUGUUCUUGGACUUCAGAUCCAGUAGCUGCUCAUAUCGCCUGCCUACAGCUUCCUCAAGCUCUUUUCGACUGAUCCUUUCCUUCGCCUUCUCUUCCUUCGUUGCCUUAAGUCGAGGUUUAAAUCGCGCUUGCAUGCGAAUCCUCAAUGUAGUAUCGAAGC